AGAAGUUCUUAGCGAAAUCUCGACGAUUUUUUUACACAAUUUUUUUUAAAAACUAGUGAUUCUUUUUUUCUUCUCGAAAAAAAAAAACAAAACAAAAAAACUUAUCAAAAAUGAAGGUGUUCGUAGUUGCAUGUGCUUUAAUCAGUGUUGCCUUGGCUCACACAGUGCCAGCCGGAGAGCAAAGCGUCUUGAAAGAAUGCUUCGACCAAGAUUCAAUUGCUUGUGUUCAACAAACGGUCUACCGUCGUGCUCGUGAAUUCUUCGAUCAACCAUCCAUUGGAUUGUUCAGUGGUGUUGAAUUCGUCCGUUCAAAUGCCCGUGCCGCCAAGAGCCUCGAACCACAAGUCGAACAAGCCGCCACCAUUCAAGAGCGUGAACACGCUUUGGAAGACUACUUGGCCAACAGGGCCAAGAGCUUCUUCUCAGAACGUAAACUCACAUGGGAUGUUGCCACCACCGGUCGUGCCAUUUCAAACGCUAUCCCAGACGAUAUCAAAGAAUCAGCCCGUGUGUUGAUUGAAGAAGCCCGUACCGGAAAGAAAGUCAAGCUCCUCAAGAAAUUGUUGCCAUUCUUGGGAUUGCUCAAAUUGAAAUUGGCUGGUUUGGCUGUUUUGACUGUUGCUGCCAUCGGUGCUAUUGCUAAGACUGCUUUGGUCACAUCAUUCCUUGCCAUCGCCAUUGCUGGUGCCUCAUUCUUGGGAUCAUUGGUUGCUAAAUUGUUCGGUGUUGGAGGUCUUGCCAAGGGAGGUUUAAGCAAGGGAAUUGGCAGCGGUUUAGGUGGUUUGGGUGGUUUGGGUGGUUUGGGUGGUUUGGGUGGCAGUUCAGGCAGUUCAGGCAGUUCAGGCGGUUCAGGCGGUUCAGGUUUGGGUGGUUUGGCUAAUCUUUUCAACCGUGGUGCUGGUUCCCAAGACACCAACGUUGAAGAAAUCGUCGCAUACACUAGCGGUAACGGUGGUAACGGUGGUGGAUGGAACCAACAAGGAUGGAGCAACCAAGGAUGGGACGAACACGGUGCCCACAGCGAACCAGCCGCUCAAGUUCUUGCAUACAAUGGUCAACGCCCAAAGAACUAAGCAGUAACUAUUAGUUAGAAACUAAUUUAUAGCAACUACAAAAAAACGAAACCAUUUCUUAUUCGUACAUAGGAAAAUGUCUAAAUUUAUUUAAUUUAUUAUGAAUAUUUAUUUAAAUUGAAACACGAAAACAAAUCACUAAAAUAUUCAAAAAAUGUAAAGAUAUAUAAAAAAUUUGAUGAAAUAAAAAGAGGCAGCUAA